AUGGCGGAAUCACGUGACCGCUAACCCGCUAACGCUUUCUUCUUUCUUCAUUCUGUCGCGAACAUUCACGCCGCACAGAUACUGUUAGGACAGUGUGAGUUGCGCGAGUUUCAGUGCAUAUUUUUGUGUUUUUUGUUACAUUUGAGUGGAUUUUGUUGGGGAUUUGCAGUGUGUAGUGGCUAAAUAUAAGGAUUGACAGUUUCUAAGAAGAGGUAGAGAGCGGUUUUAAACAGCUACAACACUACACAAGCUUAAUCAAGUCAAUCUACAAGGGUUUCCACAUCUGAUGUAACAAAAGGUGGAAUCUGAUGCAUGCAGAAGUAAUGCCGCAUUCCAAGUACGUUAAUGGCUGCUGUGGUUAGCCAUGCGAUGCGACGGUUCCCAACGACACCACCGGAUACGUCGUAUUCGUCUUAUGCAUUUCGGGGGGAGAGCAGUAGAGUAGACGGAGAGAGCGCCCUCUCACGUUCAAUGCGUUACGCAGAUCCGUGGUUAUAUGGUAGCAUACGAGCACCGGGAGGAUUUUUUCUAACGCCCGCCUUUGUGCUCUGUGCAUGCCCAGACUACAUUAACGGUACAAAGAAGUCAAGCAAGAAAUCCCCAUCACAAUGCAAGAAAUGCAAAGGAGCGAGACUUCCAUUGUCAUCGGUGGAAGCCUCGAAAUAUGGAACCGUCAGAUAUUAUCCUUCAGAAGCUGUUGCUGCAUCCUCCACUCCGGUUCGGGGUGGUACUGUAAGAGUAACUUCUUCCAAACGGCCAUCAAUCCUGCCAUCGCCUGGUGAUCCUUACGAUUUAGUUAGAAAAUCCAGGUUGUCAGUAACGGAAAACACCAAUCCUUUCAGAGCACGAUCAGUUUCUCCCAGCAAAACCACCGAUGGAGAUAACAAAAAGAAGCAUGGAAAAUCAAAAGCUGAAAAACGAAUCGAGUCAUACAAUCUGACCAUCGGCCGCAGGUCCAUCCUGGAAUGUGACAUAAACCCUUACGAACUUGUGUCAUCCGAAACCUUUGGCCCCAAAGAGAAAGAAUCACCGGCAGUCACUUUGGUUAAUGGUCAGAGAAUUCGGAUCCGGCCUUCUGUUUCUGAUAGUGAAUACGAAGAUGUACAGCUCAGGCUAUCCACCCCUACAACGAAACCUGCUGCAAAAACUAAGCUGUCCUUAAAGAACAUUGUUAAAUCCAGCUCACCUAUUUUAAGGGAUAAGAAAAUAUUAAAUGGAGGAGACACACCAAAACAAAGAUCGAAAAGCGAUUCAAUUACAUUAAUAAAUAAAGAUAGAGAGCUCCAACAAAAGUUCAAAUCUAUUUUAAAGAAAUCGUCGGAGCGAAGUCCAUCACCAAUCGAACGAAGUGGAUCACUUUUCUAUAUCCCUCUGCCCAAUUCAAAGAAAAAAGUACAAUUUCUGGUUAACAAUGACUCGAGUUGCGACGAAAAUAGCGAAGAAAUGAUUGAAAAUAGUUAUGAAAGUGAUGACGAUAAUGUUUUUGAAGAAGCUAAACCAGUGGCAGCGGAGGUAAAGUUAGUCACACCGAAAGAACCGACGGAAACAAGUUUAAAUGUUUCAACACCGAAAAAACCAGUGAGUUUGUACCGUAGUCUAAGCGAUCGAAUGAAAAAAGUUGAGUCGAAAAACCUUUUCCAUGAUACUAUGGCUAUUAGGCAUCUAAAACAACGAGUAGGUUUAAAAAUAGAUUUCUCAGACCUUGAGAGAUUGGACGGAAUUAAUCAAAAAAUUAAGAAGCUCUGUUUAAAGUCUAGUUCUGCUAGCAAGGCAAAUAUAAAUACACCCUCUGAUUCAGGCAAUUCAUCGCUUGAAAGAAAUGAAGAUUUGUCUUUAACGAACCUCAACAAUCUGAUACUACAAGAGCCAAUAGAAGUAAAUUCAACAACAGAUACUGAAACUGACAAUGCAGAAACUGACAACACCUCUGCAAGUUCUUUGACAUCAUUUUCGUCAGAUUUGACAGAUAAUGCAAAUAAAAUCAUGGAAAUACCAUUAAAAACAGAGGAACCUUCAGAAAAGCUCGAUGAAAAAAUUGCUUUAGCUAAGUUAGAUAUGUGUAUCAAUGAAGCAAAAGUUGAAGUAGUUGUACCAAAAGAUGAUGUACCACCGAUAGUUCCACCCAGGAAAAGAAGCAGUAAUAAACAACCUCCGUUAAGCAAUUCAAUUAAAAUUGAGGCAGUUAAUACUGAGGUCACCAACAAAACAGUUGUUAAAAUAACUACGCCUCCAGCUGUUCACAAAAUUCAAAUAAAAAAUGAAUGUUCAGAAGCUCUAAAUAAUAGCUCAUUCAAUAUUUUGGAAAAUGCCCAAAGAAAAACAUCAAUAAUGAUAAAUGGUGAUGAUUGUUAUUCGACGGUUAAUGUAAAUGAUAAUAUUCCUUUAUAUCAAUCGUCAGUUGUGGUCAAAGAUUCAGUAGGAAUAAUUCCUAUAUUCGAGAAACCCGAAAAACAAUGCAGUACGAUAUAUAUCACAGGAUCUUUCGUUCCGUGUGAAAAAGAACCCGAAAAAGUAGAAGAAAAAGCAGAUACCAAAGAAACUGAAGUUGAAAAACCUGCUGAAAAAGACUCAGAUGUUCUAAGAGAGCUCCUGAAAGACCCUGUUGAGGCAGUAAGGCGUAACUUGGUCCCACAUGUCUGUGGUAAAUCAGACGUGCCUAGGCGACAGCGCGACAAGAAGUUCCUAAACGUUAAAAUACCCAAUUUAACGUCUAAUUUGUUACCAGAAACGACGUACGAAGACGUUUUCAUGAGGCCAAAACCUUAUGAGUCAAUAUGCGAUGAUUUGUCAUCCGAACACAGUUCCUCUACUCAAUACGAGUUAAUUGAUCCAGGAUCAGAUUGCUAUACUGAUCAUAGCAAUCGCAGCUCGGUUACUGAGGAAGAGUUAGCGAAUCGUACGAAGUUUUACGAACUACUGGCAGAUUCAGGCAUCAUCGAGGUAACUGAAAAUGAUGAUCAUAUCUACGAAUCUAUUAAAGUUAAUAAUGAUCCGAUCUACGAAGAUAUUGAGAUACCGCCACCUCUACCUAGCGCUCCACCUCCUGCAAAUAUUAUGGAUGAUAUUAAUUUGGACAAAGAAUUUACUACUAGGUCCAUAUUUGAGGGAGCCUCCAAAUAUGACAUUCUUAGCUACCUUGUAGAUGCAAAAGAGAGAGGUUUAGUUCAAGAAGAUGGAUACACUUACUUUCCAACAAAUGGUACGACUGAAGACGAUAUUCCUAUCUCACAGAUGAGCGCGGUUAGUGAUUCAAGUGAGGAUAACUCGCUUAUAUUGGCUGGAACGCUCAUGGAUGAAAAGUUAACAACCCAAAAGGGAGCAGAAGUUGAAAGAAAUGAUUCCGGAGUUGGUUCAGAAACCAGCAAGAGUUCACUUAGUAAAUAUAGAUCCAAACAAGAGAUAUUUGCAUUGUGCGAGGACUGUGAGGCUUCUCUAGAAGGAGCUAAUGGGAACGUUGCUCUUUUAUGUAGAAAAUGUGUGAAAAAACGGUCAGAAAGGAAAGAAAUAAUUACCGAAAUAGUCGAAACGGAAGAAAAAUAUAGUAAAGAUUUGCAAAUUAUAUUAGAAGAAUUUUAUCAGCCAAUGUUGGUAGCAGGCCUGUUAACACCUGAUCAGCUGUCUGCUAUAUUUUUAAAUGUAGAAGAACUUUUAGAAAACAGCCAAGCACUAGCGGAGCGGUUGCGAGAUGGUGUUGAAAUAGCUGUAGAACAAGGUGACGAAGACCUUCUAACGGUUAACAUGGGCAAGCUCUUUCUGGAAGCUAUGCCGAUGUUACAUGCCUUCGAAACUUACUGUGUCCGACAAGGAGCAGCUAGUUUACUCUUAGCAAGCCUGGAAAAAGAAAAAGAGCUCCUAAGAAUCUUUCUAAGAGUAUCUCAAAUGGAAAAUACAAUGUUAAGGAGAAUGAAUCUUAACUCUUUUCUUAUGGUACCUGUUCAAAGGGUUACAAAGUAUCCAUUGUUGCUGGCUAGAUUAUACAAAGUGACACCAUCUCAUUAUGAUAACAAAGAGGAACUGAAAGAAGCUCAGCAUAAGAUUGAGCUACAUUUGAACCAUAUGAAUUCACAAACAAAAGACGUACCAAGUAAGUUGUGGAGAAGAAUUGGUAGUAGUUCCGGCAGACGAUCAAGUUCGGAAAUGGAUUUAGUUAAUAUCAAGUUAAGAAAAAUAGCUGUGGAUGUAUUGGAAUGGAAUCAUGAGGAGGCCAAAUUUGCCUUAGAAGGAAAACUUUUGUUUACGCAACCCACGGAUAAUAAUUGGAGAAAGGGAAGGACCAUCAAGUUAACUCCUAUCAAUGCGAUGCUGGUCAUUAAUGGAAAGCCUUCGCCAAAUAAAAGUAGUGACAGAUCAGAAGAGAAUGGUGGUCUAUUUUUCUCCAAAACCGGCGUAAGAGAGGCAGCUUUACUACUGGUUCGUGAUAAAAAUGGCCGAUAUUCAUUGCUAAGAGAUCCUCUUUACCUAGACCGAUGUGUUAUAGCAGCAGAUCCCGCUUGGCAAAGUUACUUUGAAGUGCAGGAACUAUUAGGGAAGGAUACGUUCAUAUUUAAGGCUGAAGACGAAGAACAAACAAGCAUGUGGUAUAAACAAUUACAACACCAUGCACAGGGAAUGGGAGCUUGGAGAAAACGAAGAAACGCUUUGGCAAAUAUCAUGAUCAAUGGAAUGGGCCUACGUUCUUAAAAUCGUCUGAACUCUGGGCUAUGAUCUCAACAGUCGCAAAUGCAAAAGUCAUAUUGAUAUACACAUUAUGUCUGUUAAACUCACUUAAGCUUCUUUGUACUGUAUACAAAAAACGUUGAAUAUAAAAAGGGCGGUAAAAGUAAAGUAAACGCAAAAUUAACGCCAAAUUUGGGAUGAUUUAUUAAAAAUACUUCCUCUGUUGUCUAUUCGGGCAUUUCUGACCGCCUUUUCCAAAGCUAUGUUGAAAAGGAGACACACCAGCGCAUCUCCCUGUCGCAGUCCAACAUGCUUUUCCAACGCCUUUUGCUUGUUCGCCAUGUAUUUCGACUUUUCAAACAACUUUACGCAUUGUAGCCUUAACCAAUCUUAUCAGUUUAUCGGGAAUGUGGAAUUCAUCUAUGGCUUCAUACAAUUUAUUUCUUAGGACACUACUAUAGGCCGAUCCAAAAUAUACCAAAAUAUGGUAUGUGUCGAUAUUGCAUUCAUUGUUUUUUUUUCUGUAUUUGCCUUAGCACAAAGAUCUGGUCUGUUUUUGAUCAACCAGGCCUAAAACCACUUUGAUAUUCGCCAAGAAGCUCCUCUGAAUAUGCACUAAGCCGACCAUAUAAGAUACUCGAAAAUAUUUUGUAUGUGGAAGGAGGGUUAUUCCUCUGUAAUUUCUACAUUCCAAUUGAUCACCCUUUUUGUAUAGCUAGCAAACAAUUCCAAUACCCCACUCUUCCGUGAUUUGUUCCUCGGUAGUAGUACGGGAUGCGACAAAACACCUAAAAAAUACUAAAUCUGCAGGAAGAGGAAGUGAUGGUAUACCCGUGGAGCUUAUUAAAAAAGGAAGUGCUACCCUGAAUAAUUAAAUAUAUAAAAUAAUAUUGAGAGAUUUGAAUGAGGAACAGAGGUACACUGAUUCAAAUAUGUCCUCCAUAUAAUAAUUCUGCGUUUACUAUGAAACGUUUUAGUAUUUUUUAAUCACCAUUUUUAAAUUUGUUCUUCGUGUUUUUGCCAACUAAAGACGCAUGCAUAUCUCACAUCACUUGUAAGUGUCCCAUUAGCGUACCAUCCGUAUGUAAGUUGUAUAUAUUUACUAGUAAUUUAGCUGUGAUAUUGUGGAUUUUCCGGUUGUGGGGUAAACUAUAUAUGUUUUAUUUUAACUAGCUUAGAUGUAUUUAAUAAUAUAUGUAUUUAAAUCCUAAUUUAAAAGUAAAAUUAUUUCUUGUAAAGGAAAUUUUUAUUUUAGAAUAAAACACUCAACGUA